GACUUGAUCAAGUCCAAGCGGCUCGGAUCGUUGGGUGAUUAAGCACGACACCACCGCUUACAAUCCACACAACCCUCUGAGUCUUCUCCCCUUCCGGUCUCAAUCCAAUUGAAUCGAGCGUCUCCUCGUCGGCUACCCCAAAAUCGAUCCCCAUCGUGAGCUCCAUCCAUGGCGACUCUCACCAUGCAGCCGAUCGGUCCUAGUCCCGCCCCGGCUGCUCAGGAAAACCAGAGGCGAGGGAAGAACCCUGCUGAGGAUGGUGCCGAUUCGAGUGACAUCGACUCAGGCUGGGUUGUUCUCGGCAGCUCGGACAUCGUUCCAGCGGGUUUAGCCGCCGCCAAUGGCGGUCCGCGCCUCGGCUCUUCUCCGACGCUUCCCACCUGGGCGCGGUGGGUUCUUGGAGGUGUGGUGUGCACGGUUGUGCCAUUCUACAAGAGAGUCAGGCAUCUUGAAGAUGAGACAGUGGCGAUCGUGGAGAAUGAUGCAGAGGCUGUGGAACAUAUAGCCGAGGUUACAGAGAAGCUAGCUGCUAAUGUGGCCGAGCAACUUCCUAAAGAUGGGUCCCUGCAGAAAGCAGUAGAGAAGGUUGAGGAUAUUGCUGAGAUAGUUGAUAAUGACGUGGAGAAGGUUGAAACCAUCGCUGAUAAGGUUGACAAGGUCAGUAACGAGAUUGAUGCUGCGGUAGAGCCUGUCAUCGAGGAGCUUGAAAAGGAACUCGAUGAAAAUCCAGCAUCCGACAAUGCAGUUAACGCACAGAAUUGAUCACUGUCCCUAGAAAUGAUCAUCAAUCCUCAUUGUAUGUAGCACUGUUGUUUUUCUUUUUUUCCUUCUCUCUUUUGAGCGAUUGCUUGUACAUAAGUGUGCAGCUCUGUAUACUGUAAGGGUACCGUGAUCACAGUAAGGCAUCGUGGUUAUGUGCUGGGUGCUCGAGGUUGAAGUAUCCAUCUAUAUGGUAUUAUGUAGACUGCUGAAAUGUGGAUACCAUUGAGAUGUGCAACUUCUUAGAUAAUUAUCCGAAAUAGAAUGAUCUGUAGUACUGUGAAAUCAUAGCAUAAAUGAAUGCAUUCCACUUGUAAAUUUCUUCU